AUGGGCGUGUUUCUGAGGGAACACCUGAACUACUGGUAUAGUCUGAAGGCGUAUUAUCUCGCCAAAACCAUGGCGGACGUCCCCUUCCAGGUGGUGUUCCCGGUGGUCUACUGCAGCAUCGUAUACUGGAUGACGGCUCAGCCUCCGGAUGCCGGACGCUUCUUCCUCUUCCUGUCUCUGGGCGUCCUCACGUCUCUGGUGGCUCAGAGUCUGGGUCUGCUGAUUGGAGCCGCGUCCACCUCGCUGCAGGUGGCGACCUUCGUGGGUCCGGUCACAGCGAUCCCGGUUCUUUUGUUCUCUGGGUUCUUCGUCAGUUUCGACACCAUCCCGUGGUACCUGCAGUGGAUGUCCUACAUCUCCUAUGUCAGUCGACCUGCUGCUGUUCUGAUGCAUCACGGCCUCCGUCAGUCCGUUCUUGGUUCCAACGGUUCUGCUCAAAAUCUGGAGAAAACGCAGGCUGGUUCCCCAGAUCUGAACCGGCUCAAGAACCAGAGUUCAUUUUGGUGCGAAAGGGGGAAGAGAUGGUUCUGG